CAUCACUCCCGUUCUCAACAUCACCCUCUCACUCCCAUUCGACAGUAUGGCCUUACUUUCACUCCCCGAUGAGCUCCUAUCAUCGCUCCCGGGCUAUCUGGACGACAUCGAAGAUUUUGUCAACCUCUCGUCAACGUGCAGCCGACUCCGAUCGGCAUUGGACAGGACGCUUCCGACAGAAAUUUUGCGUCUUGCAGCCGCACAGGCAACAACGUUCUUUCGUCCCUCGCCCUGGUUCCUCGUCGCAGCCACUGCAAGGGAGCUGGGAGAUUGGGCCCGUCAAAGCGAUGCAAACGAAAACGCACUUGCACUAGCCUUCCGCCCCCACCGCCAUACACUGGAUGGAGUGCUGGAUCUUGCCGUGCAGCACUGCGGCUUGACUAUGCAACGCAUCCGGGAGCUGCAUAAAAUGCGUUACGAUGUAAUGGGCCCCGUGGCCGACCGCAUCGACGAACUUUAUGCUCCGAUCGCAGACACAGGCCGUGCAGAAGACGGCGAAGAGAGCCCCGACGAUGUGAGCAGAUACGGUAACCUUUCUACGGACAGUGAGGAGGUGUUCUUGCUCUAUGUCAUUUACGGAGAGCUUUUCGGGCCCGACCUCCAUGCCGUACUCCGUCCCGAUGCCUCAGCGACUGCGCGACGACUAUCUGUGCUGACGAGAAUGGAGUAUGUCAAGUACUGUUGUCCUGGGUGGUUCGUGACCGUGUUUGAGCGUCCCGACCCAGAGAUCAGAAUCUUGGGGUCGGGUCAGUGGGGUGAUGGCGGUUACACACUUUCCAAUCCCCGCGACAAUGUCGUCUGGGCGUUGCUAUGUACCCAGCAAAGCCGGCGGUGGAGAAGGCAUUGGCAAAGCAUUAGCAAGGCAGCGGGAUGCGAUUUGACCGUCUGGGAUGAUUUGCAGGAAUACCAGGCCCUGGACUGGCGACGCAAGCUUUGGCUCAACGUGCUGCUAUUGCAAGGGUUUGAAGGCUUUGAGAUGAUCAGCCCUGUCAUAUCCGAAGACGAAAGGCUACGGCGAUGGGGUCCAAGGUUGCGAGAAUGGAGCACAGCGAUAGCAUCCCUGGAAGCGGAGCCUCCAAGGACUCCAGUUGGACGGAAGACCGUCCCAGUGAUUCCCUGCUUUUUGGCAGAGGUGACUGCUUCGUUUGACCUCCACACUCCUCCGAGGUGGUCUUAAUUCGAGCCUGGCGAUGCUGCGAUGCCUAGUGUGUUUUUUGUUGCGAUUUUGUGCAGGACAGUAUUGAGCUGGAGCGUGUCGUGCGUCUAGAGGUCACAAUGUCCAAUGACAUCGAAACAAUUAUCCCACGUGCGGUCAACUCAGCCGGGAUUGAUGCGGUAACUUGCUUGGGUGCUCACUCGGACUUCUCGCCGGUCUCUGCUUGAUGUCGACCUUUCGAUAUCG